AUGUCCACUAGCAGAAAGACGAGCAGGCCAUUUGUUCAAGUCAUGGUCAUUGGAGCUGGCUUUUCUGGAUUAGCAAUGGCAUGUCAACUAAAAAAGCAGCUCAAUUGCCAAGAUUUGGUAAUUUAUGACCAGAUACCCAAGCCCGGGGGAACAUGGUGGUCAAACCAGUACCCGGGGUGCGGAGUGGACAUUCCAGCCGUCUUCUAUAGUCUCUCUUUUGCUCCGAAUCCUCACUUUUCGAAGGUGUUUCCAAAACAAGACGAGAUAUUGAAAUAUUUUAACCAAGUUGCAGCGCAAUAUGACGUGUCUCGUCAUAUUUCAUGCCAUAUUCAAUGGGUACAGGGUUGCUGGAUCGAAGAAACAAGUACUUGGAAAGUCCAGUUGCGAGAUUUAUCAACAGGGGUGUGCUUCGAUCAAGAGUGCAAGAUACUCAUAUCAGCUGUGGGGGGUUUAUCUAUCCCAAAUGUGAUAAAGGUUAAGGAUGCAGACGUCUUCCAGGGACAAAUUAUCCAUACAGCCCAGUGGAAUCACGAUGUCUGCGUUCGUGACAAAGAUGUCGUGGUCAUCGGCAACGGAUGUAGGACGCGGCCAAUCUGUCUCAAAAUUCAGGAGGCUAAUAUCUCGAUAUCUGAUAGCAUCCGCUUCCCAACUCAUUCCAUCCGUUGUCAACGAAGCCAAGACAAUUACCCAAUUUAUGCGAAUUUUGCUGAUCCGAAUCCCAUGAUACAGACACCGCAGCACUACAUGCCGAGCGAGAAUAUGGCCAUCAGCGUGUUUCUCAGGAGGGUCUUUCAGUAUAUACCCUCACUUUUAUGGCUCAUACGGACGGCGGUUUUUGCCUACCUUGAAACGUCCGGCCCCCAGUUCAACAUCACAGCCAAAGGGGAAUCGCUCAGAAACAAGGCAUCGGAAAUAAGCCGGCAAUAUGUCAAGACCAAUGCACCGGAGGAAUAUUGGUCACUCCUUAUCCCUGCCUAUGAUUUGGGCUGUAAGUCCUGGUUCAUCAUUUCUAAUAGAAGAGAGUCUAAGGUCUUACUUAAGCGACGGGUAUUUGACAACGAUAGAUACAUCCCAUGUCUUCAAAAAUCCAACGUCCACUUAACAGCAGACCCGAUUGUAGCUCUCCAACCUCAUUCGGUGCUGACAGGAUCAGGCAGGACAUACAAUGCCGAUAUAAUCGUUUUGGCAACGGGAUUUAAAACUGCUCAGUUUGAUGUCAAGCUCUUUGGGCGGAAUGGUCUCUCGCGAGAAGAUCAUUGGAAGCAAUUUGGAAGCAAAUCAGCCUUUAAAACGGUGGCAAUGGCGAAUUUUCCAAAUUUCUUCUACGUAUUAGGGCCACAUUCCGGGCGAGGCCAUACAUCGACCAUUUUUGCUGCGGAGAGCUUCGUUCACUUGGUUAUACGAGCUAUCAAGCAUGUCAUCAAUGGUCAUGCCAGGUCUGUUGAGAUCAAACCUUCUAGUGAGAGGUCUUUCCAUGAACAUAUCGUAGAUGCUCUGGAUAAAACCGUGUAUACUGGAAAAUGUGGAAGCUGGUAUAUUGAUCAGAAAACUGGGAAAAACUGGUUUAUCUAUCCUUGGGAUUCAUUCACUAUGUGGUACUCUACGCACAUGGAUGGGAUGGAAGAUUGGAAAUAUGAGAGGUCAGAGAAGGAACCACAAAUAUCAUUACAUGUUCUUUGUGAUUACUGCUCUUGCUUCUUUGGCGUGGAUUCAAUGCACGAUGCUUAA